CCGGAACUAAACUCACGCACAUCCUCUCUCUCCACGUUGCCUUCCAUUGCCGAUGAUAACACGUAUUUCUUAUCGCUGUGAUUAAAACACACAUUUAAGUCAUGGCGAACACCAAGCGGUCCAACAAGAGGAAGAAGUUCGAUUAUGAUAAAAACAGGAAGAACCUGAAGAGCAGGGCCAUAAAGAAAGCCAAACCGAGGAUAGAAAUGCAAGACAUUCGAAAUGCAUGGGACCAAAGGAAGUCCACAUCCACGAACCUGAGGGAGAUGGGGCUGUCAUUUGAUCCAAAUCGCAGUUUACCAAUCAAGAAAGAUAGUUUCUUUGGUCCAAGAAAAGAGACAAAAGCACCCGUCAACAUUGUGACCAAACCCUAUGUUGUCAACCGGUUGGAGCAGCAGGCCAGCCUGCCUGGCAAAGACACCAAGACGUUAUCUUCCGACUUGAUCGAGUAUGUUCAACAUAUGAUCCGAGAACACAAAGACAACUAUAAGGCAAUGGCCCGUGACGAGAAGAACUACUAUCAAGACACACCCAAACAAAUAAAGAGGAAAAUUAACGAGUACAAGCGCUGCCACUCUGCGCACUAUGACUCUUUCAUCAGCUCGCUCGUCUCCCCUGAGCCGACGAUCCAGUGAGGACAUUACAGACUCCACAAGUGAGAGUACAAACAUUUUUCGGAAGGCUAAAUGGAUAAGAUCAUUGCUAAACUUGUCAGGAGAGACUGUCAGCGUCUGCUGCAGGUGUUAGCUUGAUGUGAAAUCACAUUUCCACAUAAGGACUGAGAAAUGUGUGUGUGGAGAACUAUAUUUUUUAAUUUUAUUACAGUUGACCCACUUUGCGUUGAUUGUUGACAGCAAAACCUCCAGUAAAAAAAUACAUUAACCAAUUAGAGGUCCAUUAAAAUUAAAGGAAAACACUUUCACCGGUCACCAAUGGCAAAAUAUGUCUGCUUCCCAAAACACGAAUGUUUAUUAUCAUUAUUUUUUUAACUCAAGUCAGUGUAGGCAGCAUGGUGUCACAGGGGUUAGUGUGUGUGCCUCACUCCUCCUGGGUUCGAUCCCUAGGCUCGGUGUAUUUUUGUGUAAAGUCUGCAUGUUCUCCCCGUGACUGCGUGGGUUCCCUCCGGGUACUCCGGCUUCCUCCCACUUCCAAACACCUGGGGAUAGGUUGAUUGGCAACACUAAAUUGUCCCUAGUGUGUAAAAAUGUGAGUGUGAAUAUUUUCUCGUGUCUCUGGUGGGACUUGUGUACCCUGCCAUUUGCCCGACUGCAGCUGGGAUAGGCUCUAGCAACCCUCUGCGAUCCCGAAAGGGACAAGCGGUAGGAAAUGGAUGGAUGGAUAAGUCAGUGGCCUAGUAAGAAAAGUUAAUCCAAAACUUUAGCCUGAAGGGGUCCUUCUAAAUAUCCUCACAAUAUACCGGUAUUAUGGUUCAUACCGGUGUAUUUUGGAAAAAAUGUAUAUUUGAGAAUGUACCGCCAUACCGGUAUCUUUUGAUGUGCCUUUGUUGCGGCUCGUCAGGCACCAUAGCUGAGUCGGGGUAGAAAAGGUCUAGCACGCGUCGAGUUGCUACUACGCACAGCUGUCGUACCUGCACCAUAUCUCGGGCGGCUGGCAAGGAGGAGCGAGGCAACGGCUACUCUUUAUUGACCAGAGGUACACAAGCCAGGGAAAAGAUUCAAAAGAGUAGCCGUCACAGCCGACAAACUGUUGCUGCUAACGCAGCUAAAGCUAGCAAAAAUAUCCAUCCGUUCGUUAUCUACUGCUUGUCCCUAUCAUGGGUGCUGGAACCUAUCCCAGUUCAGUUGAAACCCUCAGACGUCACACGUUGCUUGGCAACACACCAGCUGCUGUCUUAAACAUCUCAACUGCGUAAAAACUUAUUUUAAAGGUUUUUUAAUUUUUAUUAAAGUAACUCAUUAAUUAUAAAUUACAUUGAUUAAAUAGUAUUUCCAUUAGUAAUGGAAUGUAUUUUUUGGUAACUAAAAUUAAUUAUUUUUUUAAAGUAAUUUUCAGAACACUGGUCAUUACAGUAAUGUGGUGUUGAGUAUAAAGUAAACAUUUCGCAUGUUUUUUUAAAAUACCAUAAUAUACUGUUUAUCGCCAUUCGACUGAGAUAUUCCGGGAUAUCAGUUUAGGUCAAUAUCGCCCAGCGUAAUAUCCUCACUCAUUUUUCCCUAAUGACAAAACAUUGCCAGCUUCCCAUCAGUAUUCUUUUCCACUUUAUAUUGGACAAUUUUUUGAAACUACUUCAUUUUACUUCAUCUUGAAGUAAAAUAAUGUUUUUAUUUGGAGUAUUUACACUUUAAAGGCAAGUUUGUAUACUUGGCCCCACUCCCUUUUUUUAAACAUUGAAAUACAACACACAGAUGCAACUUUAUCCAACAUCGAAGUCAAGCAAUUGUUUUUUUUUGUUUUGUUUGUUUUUUAAUGAAAACUUUUUUUCUGCAUGGUUUGAUUUGGGAAAUGGUAUUGCUCGCCGGUGACAAAUACUGAGGAAAAUAAAGUGAAAUGCAUGAUCACAUUAGUUUAAGGCAUAUGUGGGAUCAUUUAGUAACAAUAUUUUUGUGUAGCGUUUGUCAUUUUAACUGAAUUUAAGGACCAGUGAUUACUGUUCUAAAAACAAAUCUUCGACCGACAUGUAUAUUCUUUCAAUACAGCCAACAUUGUUUGAAAAAACAACCGAAUGGUCUUUAGCACCUUAGAAAAUAGACAAAUAUACUUUGGACAAGCGGUAGAAAAUGGAUGGAUGGACUUUAUUAUAAUAUCUCAAGUCUAUUGUGUGCUUUGAUAUGUCCAAAUAAAAUGUUUCCACAAUAAAUGUUCAUAUUGUGUAACAGA